UUUCGGCUCACGGUUGCAGCUCGCGAGCCGACGCUUCGGCUCGUGUAUUUGUGUCGCUCGCUGCCUGCAGAAGUCAGCUGGUAACUCGAGUAGUGAGUUGCAUCACUCUGAGCUCACGUUUGAACUCUUUCUACAGCAGUUUGGUCGCUCGACUUAAACACAAAGACUUAAUAUUGAGUUUAUGUCUGUUGUGUCAGUGUGAUUCAACACGUUUGAUUUACGCGCACGCUCCGGGUCGGUGUGUGAACUGAGGAGGUUUUCGACCGCAGCAGCUGAGUGACCUCCUGCAGAGUAAACCGAGGCGGCCAUAGACGUGAACUCUUUUUAAUGCAUUAAGUUGUGACUGCUUUGUAGCAACCACGAUGGCUUUGAGCUCGUUCGACAUCGACGCGCCGCAAUGGGACCAGUCGACGUUUAUGGGCCGGCUGAAACACUUCUUCAACAUCACAGACUGGCGAACGGCGGCCUUACCUGACUCUCGCUUGGAUGAGGCCAAAGUUUUAGUCGAACACUGCAGGUCGGGAUUCGUCCCUCCCGGCACCACAGAGGAGCAGCUCCACUACGCUAAGAAGCUGUACGACUCGGCCUUCCACCCCGACACCGGGGACCGCAUGAACCUCAUCGGCCGCAUGUCCUUCCAGGUGCCUGGAGGCAUGGCCAUCACCGGCUUCAUGCUGCAGUUCUACAGGACAGUUCCCGCCGUGGUGUUCUGGCAGUGGGUGAAUCAGUCCUUCAACGCUCUGGUCAACUACACCAACCGUAACGCUGCCUCCCCCAUCACUCCCAAGCAGAUCGGAGUAGCGUAUUUCACAGCGACUAGCACUGCGUUAGCAACAGCGGUGGGACUCAACCUCUACACAAAGAAAGCUCCUCCUCUCGUGGCUCGCUGGGUCCCCUUCGUUGCGGUGGCAUCUGCCAACUGUGUUAACAUUCCUAUGAUGAGACAACAGGAAAUUCUGAAUGGCAUUUCAGUCACAGAUGAAAACGGCAACAAUCUGGGCCACUCUACGAGAGCUGCAGUAAAAGGCAUCACUCAGGUGGUCGUCUCUCGGAUCACCAUGGCUGCUCCAGGAAUGAUCAUCCUCCCCAUCAUCAUGCAGAGAAUGGAAAAAUACAAGUUCAUGCAGAGAAUCACGUUUCUCCACGGACCAAUUCAAGUGAUGAUGGUGGGAGCGUUUUUGGUCUUCAUGGUGCCAGCUGCCUGCUCCCUGUUCCCUCAGAGAUGCUCAAUGGCCGUGUCCAAACUGGAGCCCGAGCUGAGAGCCUCCAUUGUUUCUCAAUAUGGAGACGCCGUGCAACGCGUCUACUUCAACAAAGGCCUCUGAGGCCGUGAGGGCGGACGAUCUGCUCGUCACGCAAGAUCGAAGAUCAAGAUACACACGUCUGUCUCAUAAGUCUUCAUUUUCUAAUUAUGAUUAGAUCAAUCAUGUCACUUAAAAGAAGAAAAUCAAUUCCUUUGGUUCAAACUAUGUCUGUUUGCUUCCAUUAAACAGAUACAAGGGGCACUGUGUUCUCCUGUCGAGAAACCAAAUGAUCUCCUCUCAGGAACAGCACAUUACUUUGUCAGAUUACAACUCUUGUUAGUUUGUCCUUCAUGAUUUAGUUGUUUUCAUUGGCUUCUUUUUCUUUCUUUUUUAAUGUCGUUCUCCUUUCUGUCUGCCAAGCUUUCUUACAAUCUGUGCCUUUGUCAAAGCAACAACGACACUGCUGGAUUUAUUUUUCUUUAAACCAGAUUUUCUUUGAAACCAGAAGAAUACCUCUAUGCACGGGUCAACACUCGGUCAUUCUGUGUGGUGUUAAAGCUCUGUGUGAUUUUUAAAAGUGGAGGAUACUGCCCUCUUCUGCCAGAAUGAGAGUAGACGUACGACUUGUUUGCAUGAUUUAUCUGAAAGGUUUACCAGUCGGAUUGUGUUGUGUGUUUAAUUAAACUCAGACUUGUGUCUCAAUCAUCAGUAUAAGCUGGAAUAAAACCACAAAUAUUAUAAAUGUAGAACCCUGGAGUCUUUUUAAAAAAAAAAUUUUUAGAACUAUGUGAUAAAAUGUACUUUAAAAAAGAAAAGAAAAGGGGGUUGAGGCAACAUUCACAUCAUUUGGAUGAAAAGGUUGUUAGGUUUGAAAUGAGACAGUGGAGGAAGAAAUACUCCUUUACUGAAGUAAAAGUACCAAUAUCACCAUGUAAAAUUACUGCAUUUCAAGUAGAAGUUAUGCAUUUACAAUCAAGUAUGUAAGUAUUUUCAGUUAAAUAUUCUUUAAUGUUCUAAUUCUGCAGAAAACGGCUGUAUAGACGGAUGUAUUGGAUGCAUCAAUGUGUAGACGCCAUUUUACGGUUGUAGCUGGGCAAUGUGAUGUAGUUUUAACUACUUGGAUAUUUCUUUAUAUGCAGUUAGAGGUUGAGAGGGAUGAAGAAAAAAAAGACGUACGAUCUGCUUCGAAAAUGUGGAUUAAUUUCUUUAGAUCUUUCUAUAAAUUGUGCUUUUACUGUGGAAUAUUAAGAAAAAAAACAAACCAAAUGCAAUUUGGUGGGACUCAACUCAUAGUUACUGCUCUUGUGUUUAACAAUGUGUUGUAUCAUUAUGUGGGAAAUAACAUGAGUAAAUCCAGCUGUCAAACGAUUAGAAGUACAAUAUUAAACCCUGGAAUAUUGUGUAGAA